UUGCUCGUGUGCAUGUCAGUAUGUGACGUGUGUGUGUGUGUUAUGAGCUCAAUUUCGUUGAUUGGCGUCAGCGGGCACUUUAAGAGUGUCGAGUGAGCGCGCAUGCGCAGAGCAGCAGUGGAGUUUCAUGAUGGCGUCGAGCGCAGCGACCCGCACGGCCGCUAAAGCCGUUAAACCGAUCUUCAGCAGCGACCUGCAGGAGGCCCGACGGAGAGUUCGAGAACUGUACCGAGCCUGGUACCGCGAAGUGCCGAGCACAGUUCACGUGUAUCAGCUGGAUAUUUCUGCACGUCAAUGCCGAGACAAAGUGAGAGAGAUGUUCGACAAGAACAAACACGUGACUGACCCUCGCGUCAUGGACAUGCUCGUCAUAAAGGGGAAGAUGGAGCUGGUGGAGACCAUUAACGUCUGGAAGCAGAAGACUCACAUCAUGAGGUUCUUUCAUGAGACGGAGACACCGCGUCCCACUGAUUUCCUCUCGAAAUUUUAUCAUGGACACGACCCCUGACCCUGUAACACAUGUGUGAUGUCAUUGUGUGCUUUUGGACUGUAAAUAAAUACACUCGUGAUACAAUA